GUUUAGGGCCUCGGGUUACGCAUCCCGCUCGGGGAUGCUCCGAACAGCAGCUUAGUUAGCUCCCACUCGUUUAACAGUUCGCGACAAUUCCGUGAGCGAAGCUUGGGUUACAAGGAAGUUCAAGUGAUUCUGAAGAGGUGUAUAGUUGCUGCUGCUGCUAAGUGAAGUGAAGUGAUAAGUUUAAUCAGGUCUUGUCGGUAACAGGGAAGAAUAAGGAAGUCCGCCAAUUGACGCCCACGAUCGCCGGGCGGCUGAAUUGCCUUCUUCGCAGUGUGCAGUGAUCUAUAUACGAACGACAGUGAAGAUAACCGAACGUGGAAAUCGUUGCAACAUGAGGGGCAUUCAAGCGGCGUGAAAGAUUUAUCAGCAUUUUCCGGAUGUCGAAAAACUGACCGAGAAGUGGAGAGGGAGAAAUCUUGUCUGACUGACCCAAAGUGACAGAUCUGUCCUCGACUGCAGCAGUUUGCCGGUGGAAGUCGUCCGGUUUGCAUUCGAUUAAUCGAUUGAUAGCGUCCUUGGUGAGAUAGAAAAUAAGUACUCAAAAGUAACGAAUCGAGCAUUCGGAAAAUGUUCAGCUUCUUCAAACGUUCAAAGUCACAAAAAUCAAAACAAAAACAAGAGCGUAAGCAGCAGCCAGCAUUGCAACAACACGAUGGGAAUGCAUUGAAGGUUGCGCCGUCAGGCGCAUGCGUAUCGAAUACCUCGGAGACGCAACCGACGCCCUCGCCCACUGAGGUAUUACCGCCACUGCUUGUGCCGAAAUCCGCCGGAGGUGUUCGCGAUGCUGAGAGUGGCGGCGAACUAAGAGCAACGCAUAAAAGUGUUAAAAAUAAGCCGCAUUCACCGCCAACUGCGACUUGCUUCAGUCCUAGUGAUAUAAUCCGUGAGAACGGUUGUUCGCUCGCCCUCGAGGACAACAGUGGCGGCGUGAUCGAGUUUGCGGACGAAGACACCGACGAAGAAAUUACCGAAAGGAACGCGAUCAAUGAGCGUGUUCAGCGAGAGGAUCUUCGAGUACGACGGGGGGAAACGAGUGAUCCGACAUCAGAGCAAUCAUCUAGUUCCAAUCAAAACGCGACUCCGCUCGAAAGUGCUAUGGCAAAGGGGAGAAACAAAAAACGCUAUCACCAGCAGCAGCAUCAGAAUCAAGGUGGGAAAAAUUGUACCCAACCCCAGCAAGGCCAAAAGCAAUCUAAUCUUGCGAACAAUGUCAACCUGCUACACAAAGAGAAGAAAAAUUCCGAAGAAAAAGUUCAAAAAGUGAAUGUAGAAAAUGUUAUCCCGCCAACUGCGACCACCGUGACAGUGACAAAACCCACUGAGAAUGUGAAUGCAGUGCAGAAAAGUGCUAGUGAAGUAAAUCACGAUGAACAUAUUUCCAAGGAGGAAACGAAGGUGAACCCCGUUGGUGAAGAAGUUGGUUUUGAACAGAAAUUGUCAUGUCUCAGUGACGUCAAUGGUAACCACAUAGAAGAGCGCGAGGAUAAAAAUAGCCUCGGCCUGCGUUCGGUUUGCGACGAAUCUUCGCUCAAUGAUCAUCCCGAUCCGAGGGGCGAUCGUGACGGUGUGUGUGUAAUUGCAGAGAAUCAAACUGCGUGUAAUCAUCCACCUACAACAGAUCAACCCACGACGACGUCACCGUUGCCGUUAACAAAUACAGCCGUCGAUGCUGACGUUAACGAAUUAUUAGGCGGCUCGGAGCCGCAGUGUCCUGCGACAGAACUUUAUUCAUCUGCCAUCGCUACUCCGCGCAAUAUUGACGACGAUGGUCUUCACGAGAAGAUCGACCGUAGAGAAAUUGUAGCAAGUGAAGAAGUUCCCACGGAUAAGGAAAUGGGCCAACAGCCUAGUAAACCAAACGAAGUUGUUAACAGUAGCAGACGAUCGCCACAUUAUCAUCAUCAACAACAGUUGAUAUUGCAAGUGAUCCAGGAUGCUCCUCGGGACGAUAUUAGCGACGAUCGAGAUAUUUUCUACGAAGCAACCGAGUCACUAUCUCCCACGUUAUCACCGACAACCGAGAAUGGCGAUAAGACCGAACCAUUCAGUCCGCUCAAAACUAUUAUAUCCUCCAGUCAGAAUGCGUCCCGAGCAAGCCCAAAGAAACGGGUAGUGUUUAGUGAUCAAGUGCUAAUCAAUGGGGAGCCCUGCCAGGAGUACGAUUUACGCAACACAGUCAGUGUCAGUGAGAGUGCAGAAUCCCUACCAAGUGCGUUAAAUUUAGAACAGCAAAGUUAUGAACAAGUUGCGGAAUAUAGUGAUGAUGAACUAAUGCAUGACGGGUGCUCACCCGGUUCGCUUGUGAAUACAAAUAACGACAACGGCGUGAAUUUAGUGCUCAGUGUUGGUAAUAAUGAACAUCAACAUGCAUUUAACAGUGAUAAUAGUGGCAUUUCACCCUGUGUUCCAUCGUUCAUAGCAAACCAGAAACUAAUCGAAUUUCAAUACGACCACAGUGACCCGCGCGUGCUUCAAAACGGCCACGCGGAAGAUGAAGAAAAAACUAAGCACCAAUCACAGCCUGUGAUCGGCAAUGAAGACUUUCUUCCAAUCGUUGUUGAGAAUGGAUUGGUUGGAGAAGACACCAUCAGCCUGCCGGAUGUUGUGCAGCCGACCAGCAUCGAGAAGGCAUCGAAACAGCCGUUCAACACGGUUGAUAAAAUCAACAGUGAAAUGAAAGAGCUGGUGAAUCAGGAAUCACGCUACAGUGCCAAACUCGAGGAGGCCGAAAAGCGGGCCAGCGAAGCUCAAACAAGGGCCUAUGAACUGCAGCUCCGGUUAACCGAGGUGGAACGAGACGUUUCGUUGAAGGAAUGCAACGUUGACCGUCUCAAAGCGGAGGUAGAAGCGGCAUACAGGGAAUGUGAAGGCAUCCGGGGGCGCCUGCGGACGCAGGACGCCGAGAUGGUUGCACUAAGACUGAAAUCCUCCGACCGGGAGGAUGAGCUAAAUCUUAAGUAUCAGAAUCUAGAGAUAGAAAUGUUAGAGUUAAACGAGAAACUGAAGGAGGUGCGCCAGUUGGCGCACGAGUUGAACAUUCAGCUGAUCGACGCUAAGGCGGAAGCGGACGCACUGCGAAAGGAGAGAGAUAAACUGCUCGAGGAGCGCACGGACGAGCAGAAAAUUAUCAAGGAAGCACUGGAGCUGUCACUGAAGGAGCGCGCCCAGGUGGAAGCCAAGUGGAGACAUGACUUCGAGGAGCUGCGUACGGUUCACUCCGAGCGGGAGGAGCACCUGAUGGUGGACUGCGAGUGGAAGAUACGAUCGAUGCAGAAGAACUGCAAGGAGAAAAUCGAAACGGUGGAGAGAGAGCGCAAGAUUGCCAUGGAUAAGAUGGUGAAACUGGAGCAGGACUCGAGGAAAUAUACGGAGGAGGUGAAACACCUAAGAUCGUAUGAAGCGGAGGUGGCUCAGCUACGAGGAUUGACGUACGAUCAGAAGGAAGCACUGACUACUAUGACUCGCCAGGUGGAUCAACUUAAGGCAGAGGUGGUGAUAGCCAAUCACAAGCUGGAAUCGGAAAUUGUCAAAGUGCAACAGAUUAAAAAUCGUUGCGAAUACCAAAUGUGUGAGAAAGAACGCGAAGCGCUACAGCGAAUAGAGAUCGCCCGGGGCGAGAUCGCAAUGCAAUGGGAGGAUCGGUUGCUACACGAAAUGAACCGCCUGAAGUCGGAACUGGAACAGACAUACAUGGAGGAACGGGUAUCUGCCAUUAACAAAAUCAAGAAGGAAGCACUGGAGGAAACCGAAGCACUUACCAACGAAUUUCACCUUCGCGAGCGGCAAUUAAAGGAAGAGAUCGAUUCACUGAAAGCGACACUCCAAAAACAGAGACAGGCAAUGGAGAACGCUCAAUCAGAAGCCGAUAACAAACUGCUGCAGGCCAGAAUGUUCGUGGAACGGGCCGACCGUGACCACGAGGCAAUUCUGUCCAAGGAGGUUUCCAAGAGGGAACAAGUGAUUGAAAACUUAAAAGAACAGUGUGAAAAGGAGAAGCAAGAGAUGGAAAAGCACUUUAGCUUCAGGAUACAACAAGUCCAGGAGGAAUUUGCACGCGAACUGGCCGACACGACCGAGAUGCUGAAGUUGACUCACAAAAAAGAAUUAGAACAACAAUGGAAACAAUUAGUAAGCGAGAAGGAAGAGGCUUUGCAGCUGAUGGAAUCCCGACACCGAACACGACUUGAAGAAGCUGAAAUUAAAAUAAGAGAGCUAACGACCAACCAUCAGCGGCAACUGAAGGACCUUCAAGAGGAGCGCCAGAUUGUGAUCGGCAGUCUGGAGGCGCGGGACACCAAAAACGCCCAAGAGAUCCAAACCUUGCACAAAAAAUGUCGAUGUUUAACGAAUCUCUUCGAAGAAAUGCGAAAGCGAUACGAACGUCGUGAACCGCGGCAGGAGGAUCUACAGCAGAUCGAGGAGCUGAAAAGUAUAAUCGAGUCUCAGGAUCGGGACUUGCGAAUAUUGACCGAGCGAUUCCGUGAGCUGCAACUGCAGGAGAGAGAGCAGCAACAGCAGCAUCCUGCGCCCCAGCCCCCGCGGAGGGUUAAGAACCGUGGCAAGCAGCAGCAAAAUCAGCCAAGCGAACAGUCAACAGUCGAUGAGGAGCACCAACAGCAAUCCUCGAUUCAGACUGCGCCAAUGGUAGUUGUUCCUGUGCCCAUUGUGUGUGACGUAAUAUACGAGGAAAAUGAGGCUGAUCUCAUGGAUGAGGAACAAGAGGAGCAUCAGCAGCAGACCGAGAAGAUACACGUAGUAGACGUGCCGGAAUCUGCCAUUCAAACCGAAACCACGAUUGUUCAAUCGACCGAACCAGUGUUUAUUGAAUCUGCAGCAAGUUCCGCGACCCCAGUGAUAGCUGAGGCUGACGUGCAGUGUUCACCAACCACUAUCGAGCAGGAGGGCACCCCUGGUGAUCCUCAGGUGGAGAUUACGGUGAUACAGAGCGAUCAAAUCCCAGAAUGCCAACAAGAAAUACCCGCGCCCAUGCCGCCUGCACCUACAAUCAUAAUCACCCGAGAACCCGACGACGACAGCGUUGCCGGCGAUGAAGAUUCCACGGAGGUAACCAUUUCCCCAGUGAUAGAGGUUUCAACCGUGCAAUCCAAUUCAGCGGAGACUGAGUCAACACCACCAGCCGAGCCCAGAUCAGACGCUGACACAAAAGUACAAAAUACGCCUGAUAUCCCUCCAACACCCGUCACGGAUGCUGAUCAAGUAGUUACGGAGGUGACAGCUGCCGAUGAGGUCGUGGUUGUUGUUGGUGCUGAAUGUGAAUUCGACUGCACGCCAGGUCCACGAUCUGCUUCAACGUAGUUGACGUUAGUUUAGUUCCACACAUUUCGACUUAUCAUCCAGUAGCAUCCAAGUGUAUCCUUAUAUCCUUAUAACAUUUUUAAUUUAUUUCUAUUUGCUAGCAAUAAACUAUUCUUCGCAACUAUAACGUGCGAUUCUUCGCUGUUCUCACAAAAUAUUUCAGUGCAGCAAAUUUGUAUUCCAUCACGAUUGGAGUGAUGAGCGACGGAAGAAAUAAACGGAAAAUCCUAUUCUAUCUUUCCUAUUUGAUACGAUCUUAUCUAAUCCAUCACUAGUUAGUAAUAUGUAUAUGGAAACGAAAAAUAUGAAAUAAUGCAAACUAUUUUUGUAGCUGGAUUACUGAAUAAAAAAUAUUUAAUAAUUGAGGAAAA